AUCGAUACAGGCAGGCAAAGUGAAAGUAAAAGUCUUAGGAACCAUUUUCUCUCAAAAUAACUGCGCCACGUUGCGUGCCAUAGUAGAAAAGAGUCAGUGGAGGAGAUCAGACUUAAGAUGCACGAGUGCAGAACCAUGAGGACAGAAUGAGUAAUGUACAAAAAUCCAAAGAUGGAGAUUGUUCUCCAGGAUGCAGUUCAGUCCAGCAGAAGAAAACAGAUUCACCAGAGCCCAGCUGUGUGUCCAUGAAGAGUGACUGGUCUAUGGAUCCUCCACCCGAAAUUAAGGAUGUAGACACACCGCCCAAUCUAAGUUUGGCUCAGCAGAAGAAAUCAGAUUCACCAGAAUCCAUGAAGAGUGACUGGUCUAUGGAUCCUCCACCCGAACUCACGGUUGGAGACAGAAGGCAGAGACGAAUCCUGCGACCCGGACCAGAUGUAACAGAACCCGUCUGUAAAAAAAGAAAAUAUGACGCGUCUAUGAAAAAACCACAAGAAUUUGAUGAAAGCACUUAUCCUGGCAUCAGCCAUCACUCGAAUCAUGCUGAAGUCCUCAACACAUUUAGAUCAAAUCUGAUGAAGAAGUUUGUGUGUCUGUAUGAGGGAACAGCACAGCGGGGAAUCCCAACACUCAUGAAUGAGAUCUACACAGAGCUCUACAUCACAGAGACUGAGAGUGGAGAGAUCAGUAUUGAACAUGAGGUGAGACAGAUUGAGACACAAUCCAGGAGAGCAGCAACAGAGGACACACCGAUCAAAUGCAAUGACAUCUUUAGACCUUUACCUGGACAAGACAAACCCAUCAGAACUGUGCUGACGAAGGGAGUCGCUGGCAUUGGAAAAACAGUCUCUGUGCAGAAGUUCAUCCUGGACUGGGCUGAAGAGAAAGAGAAUCAGGACGUCCAGCUCAUAUUUCCUCUUCCUUUCAGAGAGAUCAAUCUGAUGAAGGACAAAACACUCAGUCUUUCAGAUCUUCUUCAUGUCUUUUUUCCUGAAACAAAAGAAAUGGAAAUAUCCAGUGACAAAUAUAAAGUGUUGUUCAUCUUUGAUGGUCUGGACGAGUGUCGUCUGUCUCUUGAUUUUCAGAGCAAUGUGAGGUUGUGUGAUGUAAGUGAAUCAGCCUCAGUGGACGAGCUGCUGACGAACCUCAUUGUGGGGAAUCUGCUUCCCUCUGCUCUCAUCUGGAUCACCUCCAGACCAGCAGCAGCCGAUCUCGUCCCCUCUGAGUGUGUCCAUCGAGUGACAGAGGUACGAGGCUUCAAUGAUCCACAGAAGGAGGAAUACUUCAGGAAGAGAGUCAGUGAUCAGAGUCUGGCCAAUACAAUCAUCACACACCUGAAGUCCUCAAGGAGCCUCUACAUCAUGUGCCACAUCCCAGUGUUCUGCUGGAUCUCAGCCGCUGUUCUGGAGAAGAUGUUGAGCGAAGCAGAGAGAGGAGAGAUUCCCAAGACCCUCACUCAGAUGUACACACACUUCCUGAUCCUUCAGACCAACAUCAAACAUGAGAAGGACUAUGAGAAGAAAGUGACAGAUGAAGACAUGAUCCUCAAACUGGGGAAACUGGCUUUUCAGCAGCUUGAGAAAGGCAAUGUGAUCUUCUAUGAGGAAGACCUGAGAGAGUGUGGCAUUGAUGUGAGAGAAGCAUCAGUGUACUCAGGAUUGUGCACUCAGAUCUUCAGAGAGGAGUCUGGCUUGUAUCAGAAGAAAGUCUUCUGCUUUGUUCAUCUGAGCAUUCAGGAACAUCUAGCGGCUCUAUAUGUGCAUCUCUCCUUUACAAACUUCAGCAUAAAUGUGUUUGACCCAAACACCAAACAGAGCUUGCGGUCUAAAGUUAAGGACUGUUUAAAACUCCAUUCAUCAGAAGAACAUGUUUCAUUAUCUGAGCUGCAUCAGAGAGCUGUGGAUGAGGCUCUACAGAAAAAUGGACAUCUGGAUCUUUUCCUGCGGUUUCUUCUGGGUCUGUCAGUGGACUCUCAUCAGAUUCUCCUACAAGGAUUAAUGACUCUGCCAAGAAGUAGAUCUGACACCAAUGAGAAAACAGUUGAGUACAUCAAGGAGAAGAUCAGGACCAUUUGCUCUACAGAGAAAUCCAUCAAUCUGUUCCACUGUCUGAAUGAACUGGGUGAUCCUUCACUAGUGGAGGAAAUACAACAGUUUCUGAAAUCUGGAACAUUAGCUGAAGUCAAACUCUCCUGUUCUCAGUGGUCAGCUUUUGUCUUUGUCUUGUUGACAUUAGAGCAAGUGAUGGAUGUGUUUGAGCUGAAUAAAUUUGUUGCAAAAGAAAAUAUUACAGAUAUAGGCCUUUGGAAACUGCUUCCUGUGAUUAAAGAAUCCAGAUCAGUACAUUUGGAUGACUGUAAUAUCACAGAUAAAGGUUGUAUCACUCUGGCUUCAGCUCUGAGAUCAAACCCCUCAAACCUGCGAGAUCUGGAUCUGUCUGAGAAUAAACUAGGAGAUUCAGGUGUGAAGCAUCUAUCUGAUGGACUUAAGGAUCCUCAUUGUAAACUGCAGAAACUGAAUCUGUACCAUUGUGGUGUCACAGAUGAAGGUUGUGUUGCUCUGGCUUUAGCUCUGAGAUCAAACCCUGAACACCUGAGAGAACUGGAUUUCACUGAAAAUAAGAUUGGAGAUUUGGGACUAAAGCUCCUUUCUGAUGUACUGAAAGAUUCUCUCUGUGUACUAGAGAAACUGAGGUUGUGUCAGUGUGGCAUCACAGAUGAAGGUUGCGCUGCUCUGACUUCGGCUCUGAGAUCAAACCCUUCACACCUGAGAGAACUGGAUCUUUCUCAGAAUAAAAUCAGAGACUCAGGAGUCAUUGCUCUCUCUGCUGGACUGGAGGAUCCUCACUGCAGAUUAGAGAAACUGAAGCUGAGGAAGUGUGGCGUCACAGAUGAAGGUUGUGCUGCUCUGGCUUCAUUUCUGAGAUCAAACCCUGAACACCUGAGAGAACUGGAUCUGUCUUGGAAUGAACUAGGAGAUUCUGGAGUGCUUGAGCUUUUGUCUGGAUUAGUGGAUUCUAACUGUAUAAUAGAGAUACUCAGGUUGAGUGAUUGUGGCGUCACAGAUGAAGGUUGUGUUGCUCUGGCUUCAGCUCUGAGAUCAAACCCCUCACCCCUGAGAGAAUUGGAUCUGACUGAUAAUAAACUGGGAGAUUUGGGUGUGAAUUUUCUUUCUGAUGGACUGAAAGAUCCUCACUGUAAUCUGAAGAUACUGAAGUUGCGUCACUGUGGCGUCACAGAUGAAGGUUGUGCGGCUCUGGCUUCAGCUCUGAGAUCAAACCCCUCACACCUGAGACGACUCAAUCUGUCUAUUAAUUAUCUAGGAGAUAAAGGGGUGACUCUUCUCUGUGCCGGACUUGAAGAUCCUCACUGUAAACUGGAGAUACUGAAGUUGAGCAGGUGUGGCAUCACAGAUGAAGGUUGUGCUGCUCUGGCUUCAGCUCUGAGAUCAAACCCUGAACACCUGAGAGAUUUGAGUCUGUUUGAUAAUAACUUCUCAGGUUCAGCAGUAAAGAUGCUCAGUGAUCUUAAGAAUAAAUAUAAAUUGGAGACACGAAUGUGAGUAACAGACAGGGGUGAUGCAUGUCUUUACCUUUGAAUCUCAAAGUCUACAAUGCAGACUUUUUAUAAUCAACAAUACAUCAUAUUGCUCUUUCUUGUGCUGAGAAUUGCUUGCCAGCCAGCAUGUAACAUCAGUGGGACCACUGAUAUCUUAUUUUAGAUAUUUGUACACUUUCCCUCGAUUUAUAAACCGUGCGCACGAUUUACUAUUUUGUUCCCUUGAUUUGCUAAAUCGUGCGGAUGAUAUAC